AUGACGCUUAUCGCUCGAGAACUGGCGCUUUACAGGGUGGAUAUCGCCGCACCCUGCGAGACCCAGUUCCCCGAACAAGGCAAACUGGAGGAGGUGGAUAGCGGCCACACCUUUUCUGGGGCGGCUGCCCACAUGGCAGAGCGACGAGACGCGGGCAUCGCCCUUGCCAUCCGUAACGACAUCGUAGGACGACUGCCCUCUCUGCCACAGAACAUCAAAAACUGUCAGAUGAGCCUACGCCUGCCUCCCCAAAGAAGCAAAUUCGCCACCACCACCAACGCCAAGAACCCAACAAUGACCGGCUCAGAAGAGCCAAACACAAAAUCUGCGAAAACCUGCAUGCCCUCCUGAUAUCUGUGCUGAAGGCGGAUAAGUUGAUCGUUCUUGGUUACUUCAGUGCCCGCGCCGUGACAAACUGUGCUGCCUGGAGAGGAGUUUUGGGUCCUCAUGGUCUCGGCAGCUUCAAUGACAAUGCCAUGCUCUUCCUAAGAAUAUGCGCAAAGCAGCGUCACAUCCUGACCAACACCUUCUGUCUGCCGAUGGAGGUAAAGGCGACCAGGAUUCACCCUCGGGCGCGGCACUGGCACCUGCUGAAUUAUGUCCUCGUUCGAAGGCGAGACGAGCAGGACGUGCUGGUGACAAAGGCGAUGCCGUGUGCCGACUGGUGGACUAACCGUCGCCACAUCAUUUCCCAGUUGAGAAUCUGCCUACACCCUCGUAGGAGACCUCGAGGUAAGCGACCCCCCAGGUAAAUUUAAUACUGCUUUACUGCAUUUGUCUCAUUACCAUCUCAAUUUCAGCAUUGAGCUAGCUCAGCGGCUAAUAAACCUUCCAAUCGCAGCCGUCGCCGUCGCCGAAGAGAACGCCUUCGUGGAGAACCGGCGGUGCAAACUGAGAGAUGCAGUCCAGCCAAACACCCUGGCUGUCCUCGGUCGCGCACUUAGCCAACAUCAGGACUGGCUCGACAACAAUGACGCCUCCAUCAGCAACCUACUCGCCGAGAAGACUCGUCUGCACAAAACCUACAUCGUCGGCCCUAACGACGACAAUAAAGCGACCUUCUACCGUAGUCCCUGCCUUGUGCAACAGUGGCUGCGGGAUAUUCAGGACGCCUAG